ACUAUCAUGGGACCUCACGGCAUCAACCGGGCCAUCGAGAGACUGGAGUUCUGUGACUGCAAGAAAGGACUGGGUCAGUAUAGAACUUGACCUCUUAUGUGAUGUGCAUUAUGAAUACAUGUAGCUACAGUGAGUGUAUACAUUUGAAGUCGGAAGUUUACAUACACUUAGGUUGGAGUCAUUAAAACUCGUUUUUCAACCACUCCACAAAUUUCUUGUUAACAAACUAUAGUUUUGGCAAGUCGGUUAGGACAUCUACUUUGUGCAUGACACAAGUAAUUUUUCCAACAGUUGUUUACAGACAGAUUAUUUCACUUAUAAUUCACUGUAUCACAAUUCCAGUGGGUCAGAAGUUUACAUACACUAAGUUGACUGUGCCUUUAAACAGCUUGGAAAAUUCCAGAAAAUGAUGUCAUGGCUUUAGAAGCUUCUGAUAGGCUAAUUGACAUCAUUUGAGUCAAUUGGAGGUGUACCUGUGGAUGUAUUUCAAGGCCUACCUUAAAACUCAGUGCCUCUUUGUUUGACAUCGUGGGAAAAUGAAAAGAAAUCAGCCAAGACCUCAGAAAAGAAAUUGUAGACCUCCACAAGUCUGGUUCAUCCUUGGGAGCAAUUUCCAAACGCCUGAAGGUACCACAUUCAUCUGUACAAACAAUAGUACGCAAGUAUAAACACCAUGGGACCAUGCAGCCGUCAUACCGCUCAGGAAGGAGACGGGAUCUGUCUCCUAGAGAUGAACGUACUUUGGUGCGAAAAGUGCAAAUCAAUCCCAGAACAACAGCAAAGGACCUUGUGAAGAUGCUGGAGGAAACAGGUACAAAAGUAUCUAUAUCCACAGUAAAACAAGUCCUAUAUCGACAUAACCUGAAAGGCCGCUCAGCAAGGAAGAAGCCAAUGCUCCAAAACAGCCAUAAAAAAGCCAGACUACGGUUUGCAACUGCACAUGAGGACAAAAAUCAUACUUUUUGGAGAAAUGUCCUCUGGUCUGAUAAAACAAAAAUAGAACUAUUUGGCCAUAAUGACCAUUGUUAUGUUUGGAGGAAAAAGGGGAACGCUUGCAAGCCGAAGAACACCAUCCCAACCGUGAAGCACGGGGGUGGCAGCAUCAUGCUGUGGGGGUGCUUUGCUGCAGGAGGGACUGGUGCACUUCACAAAAUAGGAAGGCAUCAUGAGGAAGGACAAUUAUGUAGAUAUAUUGAAGCAACAUCUCAAGACAUCAGUCAGGAAGUUAAAGCUUGGUCGGAAAUGGGUCUUCCAAAUGGACAAUGACCCCAAGCAUACUUCCAAAGUUGUGACAAAAUGGCUUAAGGACAACAAAGUCAAGGUAUUGGAGUGGCCAUCACAAAGCCCUUACCUCAAUCCUAUAGAAAAUAUGUGGGCAGAACUGAAAAAGCGUGUGCGAGCAAGGAGGCCUACAAACCUGACUCAGUUACACCAGCUCUGUCAGGAGGAAUGGGCCAAAAUUCACCCAACUUAUUGUGGGAAGCUUGUGGAAGGCUACCCGAAACGUUUGACCCAAGUUAAACAAUUUAAAGGCAAUGCUACCAAAUACUAAUUGAGUGUAUGUAAACUUCUGACCCACUGGGAAUGUGAUGAAAGAAAUGAAAUAAAUCAUUCUCUCUACUAAUAUUCUGACAUUUCACAUUCUUAAAAUAAAGUGGUGAUCCUAACUGACCUAAGACAGGGAAUUUUUACUAGGAUUAAAUGUCAGGAAUUGUGAAAAACUGAGUUUAAAUGUAUUUGGCUAAGGUGUAUGUAAACUUCCGACUUCAACUGUAUAUGUUUUAUAAAGCUAUAACUGGGGCCCAGUGGUUUCCCUGGUCAGGUUAUGUAGGAAAAACUCUUGGCUCUAGUAAUAAAUGUUUAUUAUAUAAAGUCUAAGGGCGACAUUUCCCCCCGCAAAAACUAGCUAACACACUGCAACAUUCUAAAUAAUGGCAGCUUCGAUAUUGUACCUCGCAAUUGCCCUAAAUGUACUAUCUGCUUGAUAGACUUGAUAGACUUUAUCCACUGGUGGUUCAUAUAAAGUGUUAACCUUACUUCUGUCUCUUGUUUCUCAUCCAGGGGUGAAAAUCAUAGGUGGCUACAGAGAUCAAACACGGGAGGAGUUUGGGAUCUUCAUCAAGCGGGUGUUACCGGGAGGUCUGGCUGCUCAGGAUGGUACGUUAAUGUCUGGUUGUUGUUGUUUUUUUGUUUUGCUUUUGUUUUGUCUCAUUUACUGCUAUGUUGAUAAUAAGACUGUCAAAGUUAAAGUGUUAAUUGAAGUUAACUUUUGAAAUUUUUAAUGCCGUAGAUGUUUUUGAAGCAGUUAAUCGCAUCUCCAUUUCUUCACCCAAAAGUCUGUUUCCGCACGGACCCUUUUAAGCGCAACACACACACGCGCUUUGCUGUGCUCACUGAGGUGUAAUAUUAGACGGGUGAAUAUAUAUAAUUUGCAAAUAAAUUCAUAAGAAAUCCUACAAUGUGUUUUCUGGAUUUUUUUUCCUCAUUUUGUCUGUCAUAGUUGACGUGUACCUAUGAUGAAAAUUACAGGCCUCUCUCAUCUUUUUAAGUGGGAGAACUUGCACAAUUGGUGGCUGACUAAAUACUUUUUUUCCCCACUGUACAUGACUCUGAGAUUUGUCGCGCAAUCCCCCGCCCGAUGGGAUGGUAAUUUGGUCGUAUGCGUUUUGGAAAACGCGUGCGCCAAGUCGAGGUAUUCGGGGGGAAUGCACACGGUGGAGGUUGUGUCUGGACUUUCCACUCUCGCGACCACCCUGUGAGAACCCUCUGCGGCCAUGACAAGGUGGGAUCGUGUAGUGCUAGCCAGGGAAGGCCCAACACAACAGGGAAAUCAGGGGACUCAAUAAUAUAAAGGUGAUUUGCUCCCUAUGGGUCUCCUGCUUAAUCAUAGUGACUGGUGCUGUAACCUCCCUAACAAAACCUGACCCUAAUGGUCGACUGUCAAGUGCUUUGAUGGGCAAUGGAAUGGGUAGGGGAACCAAUGUAAUACAUAGACUAUUAGCUAAAGACCUGUCCAUAAAGUUCCCAGCUGCGCCUGAAUCGACCAGCGCCUUACACUGGGGAACUACUGUGUAAUCAGGGAAGUGGACGUGGCUGGUGAAGUGCGCAGCACAGGGCUCUGAAUGAGUGUGGGUUUGUGCUACCUGGAGUGACGCGAGAGUGCCCUGCCUUCCGCCUCCAGACCCAUAAGAACUCUGUCGACAGCGUGAAGCAGUAUGUCCUUUCUUGCCACAAGAGUUACAUUGGAUCUGUCGUCCUCUGUUCUCCCAGAUCGCUGCACCACCCAGCUCCAUUGUAACAUGAUCCGGGUUGAGGGGGGGUGAAAUGGGCAGGACCCUUCCAGGACGUCCUCUCGAAGCCAGUAAGUUGUCCAACCGGGUGGCCAUGUCCACCAGUUGGUUGAAGGUCAACGUGGUAUCCCGGCAGGCUAGCUCCCUUCGGACGUCCUCUCGCAGGCUGCACCGGAAGCGGUCAAUGAGGGCCCGCUCAUUCCACCCGGACCCAGCCGCUAGAGUUCUAAACUCCAGGGCAAAGUCCUGCGCGGUCCUCGUCCCCUGCCUCAGAUGGACCAGCCGCUCGCCUGCCUCUCUUCCUUUGGGGGGGGUGAUCAAAGACUGCCUGGAAGAGGCGAGAAGACUUCCUGGAACGCGUCUCCUCCUUCACUCUAGACCACGUUGACCCACUCCAAGGCUUUCCCCGAGAGGCAGGAGACAAGGGCGGACACCUUCUCUCGACCCAAUGGAACCGGGCUGAUGGUUGAAAAAUAGAGGUCCAACUGCAGGAGGAAACCCUGGCAGCUAGUUAUGCUAACGUUUGCUAGCUAGCUAACCAAACGAGAAUGUUUACAAUGCCAUGGCUGAAUGCCUCUUGAUUUAAUCAGAACAGAACAUCCAUUCCAUUUAGCUACUGUUUUUGAUGUAGUUCUCAGGUCAAAAGAUUUAAAGUAACAAUCCAGUGUUUCCACAUUUCUAUGAAAUACAAUAGUAAAUUAAAAUAUGAGUGAAAUAGUUUUCCUUCCAAUUUUGUAUUUAUUAAGUAUGUUAAAAAUCUGCUUUUCAACAACAGAAUGGGGUGGGCGUAUACCGGUCAUUAACAUGAGUAGACCGCUGAUUGGCCAGCUUAUCCUCCUCAGACGUCAUCCUCUAUGAGGAAAUAGCAACCAUUUUUUAAACGGUCUGUUUGAGAUACAAGUUUGAGGUUGAGUUUUUCCAAGUGUUUUUUCUCCAAUUUAUGCUUUGGCCACAAACACGAGUAUAUGAUGAGUCAACAACAUUAUUUGGGUAUGAGUUAACAGAAUAUGAACUUUUAUAAGUGCAAUUUUCCCUGGACAGUUACUUUAAGCAAAUUAUCCCAAUUCUAGUAGUAGCAGCUUGUGACUAAAUGUUGAAGAACAUGGAUAAGUAGCCUAGGCUAUAUUUAAUAGCUGUAUUAUAUUUUACACGAACUCAGACCUGGCUGAGCUGUUGUUAUUGUCUUAGAAUAGAGUUUAUUAUGUGUUUUCUUCCCCUAUAAUCAAAAUAUAUUAUUCCUACAACCCAAUGUAGCGCGAUUAAUUGAAUUAAUUGCACAGAAAAACAUGUAAUUAACUCUAUAUUUUUUUUGUAUCGUUUGACAGCCCUAGUUGAUAAACAACCUCUAUUGCUGAUGAUGGCAAAAUGCUCUUUAUCUCUCUCUGUUCCAGGGCGGCUUAGAACAGGCGACCUCGUUUUGGAAGUCAAUAAUAUGAGUUUAGGAGGACGAGUAACCAACGAGAGGUAGGUCAGUAGUGCACAGUGGUAGACUCUGAACCUAAGGUGUGAAUGACGCUGCACUAGAUUUCUUGUUUAUUCUUACUGAUCCUUAACUUAUUAGUCUCUAAAGCAUGUUUCAUUGGCUUUUGUCUUUCAAACAUGUUUUCAACUCAGGAGUAAACUACUUGCAUGCCACACGUUGAAUAAAAAAACAACUGGAUUUUGUACAAGAGGGCUAUGAUGUGAAUGUGUAUGUCUACUGUAUCUACAGUGCAUUCGGAAAGUAUUCAGACUCUUUGACUUUUUCCACAUUUUAUUAGGUUACAGCCUUGUUCUAAAAUUGAUGAAAUUGUUUUCUCCCCCUCUUCAAUCUACACACAAUACCCCAUAAUGACAAAGCAUAAACAGGUUUUGUGAAAUGUUUGCAAAUGUAUUAAAAAUAACAAAUGGAAAUAUCACAUUAACAGAAGUAUACAGACCCUUUACUCAGUACUUUGUUGAAGCACCUUUGGCAGCGAUUACAGCCUCCAGUCUUCUUGGGUAUGACGUAACAAGCUUGGCACACCUGUAUUUGGGGAGUUUCUCCCAUUUUUCUCUGCAGAUCCUCUCAAGCUCUGUCAGGUUGGAUGGGGAGCGUUGCUGCACAGCUAUUUUCAGGUCUCUCCAGAGAUGUUUGAUUGGGUUCAAGUCCGGGCUCUGGCUGGGCCACUCAAGGACAUUCAGAGACUUGUCCCAAAGCCACUCCUGUGUUGUCCUUUUGGAAGGUGAACCUUCGCCCCAGUCUGAGGUCCUGAGAGCUCUGGAGCAGGUUUUCAUCAAAGAUCUCUCUGUACUUUGCUCCCUUCAUCUUUCCCUCGAUCCUGACUAGUCUCCCAGUCCCUGCCGCUGAAAAACAUCUCCACAGCAUGAUGCUGCCACCACCAUGCUUCACCGUAGGGAUGGUGCCAGGUUUCCGACAGACAUGACGCUUGGCAUUCAGGCCAAAGAGUUCAAUCUUGAUUCCAUCAGACCAGAUAAUCUUGUUUCUCAUGGUCUGAGUCCUUUAGGUGCCUUUUGGCAAACUCCAAGUGGGCUGACAUGUGCCUUUUACUGAGGAGUGGCUUCCGUCUGGCCACUCUAUCAUAAUGGCCUGAUUGGUGGAGUGCUCCAGAGAUGGUUGUCCUUCUGGAAGGUUCUCCUAUCUCCAAAGAGGAACUCUGGAGCUCUUUCAGAGUGACCAUUGGGUUCUUGGUCACCUCCCUGACCAAGGCCCUUCUCCCCCGAUUGCUCAGUUUGGCCGGGCGGCCAGCUCUAGGAAGAGUCUUGGUGGUUCCAAACUUUUUCCAUUUAAGAAUGAUGGAGGCCACUGUGUUCUUGGGGACCUUCAAUGCUGCAGACUUUUUUUGGUACCCUUCCCCAGAUCUGUGCCUCGACACAAUCCUGUCUCGGCGCUCUACGGACAAUUCCUUCGACCUCAUGGCUUGUUUUUUUUUGCUCUGACGUGCACUGUCAACUGUGGGACCUUAUAUAGACAGAUGUGUGCCUUUCCAAAUCAUGUCCAAUCAAUUGAAUUUACCACAGGUGGACUCCAAUCAAGUUGUAGAAACAUCUCAAGGAUGAUCAAUGGAAACAGGAUGCACCUGAGCUCAAUUUCGAGUGUCAUAGCAAAGGGUCUGAAUACUUAUGUCAAUAAGGUAUUUAAACAAAUAUAUAUAUAAAUUGCAAACAUUUCUGAAAAUCAGUUUUUGCUUUGUCAUUAUAGGAUAUUGUGUGUAGAUUGAUGAGGACAUUUUUUAGUUUAAUCAAUUUUAGAAUAAAAGGCUGUAACUUAACAAAAUGUGGAAAAAGUCAACUGAAGGUGUUAUGUCCGGUUGGAGAACCACCUUUGUAUGUCCCAAAUGGCACCCUAUUCCCUAUGGGCCCUGGUCAAAAGUAGUGCACUAUAAAGGGAAUAGGGUGCCAUUUGAGACACAUCAUUUCCUGAACCUGGGUGUAGUGUUAAAACUGCUCUCCUCUCUCCUGUGGUCCUAUAGGGCGGUUGAUAUCCUCCGGUCAGCGUCAGCCUCCAAUCACAUAUCUCUGAUGGUUGCCAGGGACGAUGACAGCAGGUAAAUUCAUCAGAAGUUUUACCAUUCUUGGUCUUGGUUGAAAUUAUUUAUCCUCUGGAGCAUUUUACCAAUCAUUUCAAACUCUUCUUAAAAGUUCCAUUCCUGACCUCAAAGUACAGUAUACUAAAAUGCAACACACAGUCUUGUCUGAUGCAGGUUUAGAUUUGUGCUGUGUCACUGAGUGAAGGAGUUACACUAUUAUAAUCACUGUACUGUGUUCUGUGGGGGGGAAUUACAGUACCAUUAGAAAUACAGAUAUUUUCUCACAAUGCACCAUAAUUUACAGUAUGCUGUAGUUAAACAUUUUAGAUUUUUUUAAUGGUUGAUAAUAUCUAAAAUUACCGUAUAAAUGACAUUUUUCCGUUGCAGUGUAGUGCUUAGCCUAUCUGAGGUUGUGUGUAGUCUACGUACGGUAGUGUGCACUACGUCAGAGUACUUCAUCAUUGUUGUCAUUACUGAACGAGGGUUAAUCUUGUUAGGAGCUGAGUGGUGAUAAACCCCUUGAUUUGUUUUUUAUAAAUCUAAAAAUAGGGCUAAUACAGUAAGAACAUUAAGGGGCUUUGGUAGUGUUCACUCAUAAACAGACAAGGCGUCCGACAUGGCACCCUAUUCUUCUAUUGUAUUAUAAUGUAUAAUACAAUAAUAUAAUGCAUAAUUUAUAUAUAUAUAUAUAUAUAUAUAUAUAUAUAUAUAUAUGUUAUAAUGUUAGGAAUAUUAUAUUCCUAACCAGAGCCCUGGUCAAAAAUAGUGCACUAUAUAGGGAAUAGGGUGACAGAAACAGAGUCUUGACGAAGCCUUAGGGAAGAAAGGUAGAGUGUUGCGUAACAAUAUUUGAGGCCUUGAUGUAUCAAUACUAUAAUAAUAUAAUAAUAUAUGCCAUUUAGCAGACGCUUUUAUGCAAAGUGACUUACAGUCAUGUGUCAAAUGUGCAGAUUCAGAAAACUGCUUAUGACAGGACAGAUAAAGCACAUUCAUUCAGAGCUGCGAUGGUGUUUGCUUCUGACCUCAGUCAGCACAGUAAGCCGUCUUUCAGGAAAUAAAUAUUAUGUAACACAACCCCUAGUUUUUGAUCUAUUGCAUUCGGCACAUUUUUCAGCAUACUUCAUAGUUAUAUUAGAAUGAUGCAGUUACCAACCUAUGCCAAUGAGAGAUAGCCAAAGUGAUAUAUAGAAACAUCUAAAGUUCAUCAAUCAAGACUUGAUCUGAAAGCAGAGCUGCUCUGAAACAAAGAGCUCAAAGCAGUGUUUUGUUCGAGACCACCUAAUGUGAGACCGAUUCAAGACCAAGACCGAAGAAAAUCGAGUCUGUGUCAAGACCAACACCGGAGGGGCGAGACCGAGUUAAGACCGAGACCGGGACAAGGGGGUCCAAGACCAAAUCAAGACCGAGACCAGAAAAAUGCGAGUCCAAUUCAAGACCAUGAUUGGAAUUUUGUCAAAUCACCACCAUAAUAAGAGUUCAAAAUGUCCAGUAUUUCUGUGUUUAUAUUUCAGAACAACAUAUUGAUGCAUGCUGAGGGAAAAUAGAGACGCUCUACAAAUUAUUACUAACCCAAACACAGUGGGGAACAAUGGGCCUUCUACGCCUUCAGAGAAGAACUAAGGAUUUAUAAAAUAAUGAUUAUAAUAAUAUAAUAAUUAUUAUAUUAUUAUUUUCAAUGAUGUUCUGAUUUAAUCUCUUCAGUUUUUGUUGGAAAGGAAAGGGUUAACACUGAAGAGAAAAAAAUAUCCAAUCAGGAUUUUUCUUUGCUGGUCUCUGGGGAGAUAAGUUUAGCUAUCUAAAUCAGCCAUUGGGUAGGCCAUCAGAAGCUAGAUAAAGGCACCUGCCAUUCAGCUGUAUUAGGGCAACAUUUUGGAGUGACAGUGGAAUCAACCAAUCACAUUUUGACUUAAUGGGUGGAACCGUUUUUACAAAAACAUGGAAAUGUAUGCCUUCUUGAAGGCGAACAGGUCACUGCGCAAAAUCUUUCCCAGCAGGUGUUAUCAAAAAGGAUGUUGCUAAUUUGUUAGCUUCUCCAUUUUAAAGAAUAACUUUCAACAAGAAGUUAAGUUUCAAAUGAUCUGUGUUUUUUUUAUUGCAGCAUGCUUGAUGUUGUUAGCCAUCUCUUUGAAAAUAACUUGCGUGUGAAACAUUGUUACAUUUAAAGUGGAACUGACAGCAUUUUAGCAACAUCAAAUCUUAUACAAUGGCAAUCCGGGUUAUGUUAGAAUCCUACGCGUGAACUGCCGACAUUAUUACGCAUAUUAAUUGAUAAUGAUGGAAAAUAGGAUAUGCAUAAUUUAAAAAAAAUAGUUAUAUAUAUAUAUAUAGAGGUGAAAGCAUUGGAAAUGCUUUUGGCGGUUAAUCUGCUUCUGUUUUGUGGGUGGUACUGUGUGCUGUUUUCGAUGGAUGGGUCCUGGCCUCUCGGGGCCUUAGGGAUACGGAGGGACGUGGGUGGGAUGCUGAUCACUGGAAUGACGGCUCAACUUGGGAUGGGGAGGGGCUUUAGCGGGGGAAUUAGUGGAGAACAAUUGAAGGGUUACUCCGUAGCAAUGCAAAUAUCACGGUACAGCUAUAUGGACACUCAAUCAUUACGCUAUUUUUUAUUGGUAAAUUUACAAACAUAUAUAAUAAUAAAUAGACUUGAAACUUGUAUCUCAUUAUGGUGUAUGGUGAAAUAAGUAUAGCCAGUUAUAAUUGUAAUGGCUUAGCUGAUAAUAACAAAAGAAGAACAAUAUUUACAUGGCUCAAAGAGAAGGAAUAUAAUAUCUAUUGUAUACAGGAAACUCAUUCAAUAAUUCGAGAUGAAGUAGCGUGGAAAAAAAGAAUGGGGGGGGGGGGGAAAUAUACUUCUCCCAUGGGCAAAGAAAUUCAAAAGGGGUGAUGAUAUUAAUUAAUAGUAAUUUCGAUCCGAAUGUGCAAAUUGUACAAAUAGAUACACAAUGUAGAUGGAUUAUUUUAAAUAUGUUAUUGGACCUUAAACAGAUAUGGCUCAUUAACCUUUACGGACCAAAUAAUGAUGAUCCACAAUUCUUUGACAAUAUAUAUAAUAAAUUAUCAAGCCUGCAAGCAACUCAAGACAAUAUUAUUAUGGUGGGGGAUUAUAAUACUGUUUUAAAUAGCUCAAUGGACCGUAAAGGAAAUCACACCACAAACAAUCACCCACAUGCUCUUAAGGAAAUUGUGAAUGUCAUGGAUACAUUAGAACUAGUAGAUAUAUGGAGGCUUAAAUAUACUGAUCUAGUGAGAUAUACAUGGCGGAGACUGAAUCAAGCUAGUCGUCUUGACUUCUUUCUUAUCUCAUUCUCGUUGGCACCAAAAGUAAAAAAAAGUGUUGAUAGGGGACAGAAUGCGGUCGGACCAUCAUAUAAUAGGCAUAUACAUUACUCUUACUGAAUUUCCACGUGGGCGAGGAUAUUGGAAAUCUAAUCAAAGCCUAUUGGAUGAUAAUUUAUUUAUAAUUAGAACAAAGGAAUUUAUAACUGACUUUUUCCAACAUAACAUAGGUACAGCGAAUCCCCUUAUUGUAUGGGACACCUUUAAAUGUGCCUUUAGAGGUCAUGCAAUUCAGUACUCAUCUCGAAAACAAAAGCAAUUUAGGUCAAAAUAGUUUAUACUAAGAAAGGAAAUAGAAAGUCUAACAGAACAGAUAGAUGGCAAUAAAAACUGUAACAUAGAGGCUCAGAAUAAAUUAGAGGAAAAACAAAAAGAAAUGGAGAAACUUAUUCAAGAAAGAUCAAGUGUAAUAUAUUAUAAAAAUAAAGCAAACUGGAUGGAAUAUGGGGAAAAAUGCGCAAAAUUCUUUUUUAAUCUUCAACAUAGGAAUGCUACCAAAAAGAACUUAAUGAAACUGGUUACAAUUGACGGAGUCACCCAUAAUUCACCAAAUGAUAUUUUGAAGGAAGAAACAAAGUACUUUAAGCAUAUGUUUUAUUUUCAGUCGCCCCCAUCUCCUCUAACUGAAGCUAAUUGUAGAGAUUUUUUUUCUAUUGAUAAUGUCAAAUUAACAGCCACACAGAAAGACUCAUGUGAAGGUGAAAUUACAGAGGAGGAACUUCUGGAUGCAAUUAAGUCUGGGAAAACUCCAGGGUUGGAUGGCAUACCAGUCGAGGUAUACCAAACCUUUUUUGAUAUACUAAGAGGACCGUUAUUAGCAUGUUUUAACCACUCCUAUGUAAAUGGUAGAUUAUCUGACACUCAAGAAGAAGGUCUGAUCUCAUUAUUACUGAAACAGGAUACAAGUGGAAAAUAUAAAGAUCCAGUCCAUUUACAAAAUUGGAGGCCCCUUAUACUUCAGUGUUGUGAUGCAAAAAUCCUAGCAAAAUGUAUAGCGCAUAGAAUUAAAAAGGUAUUGUCGGAUAUUAUUCAUUCUAAUCAGACAGGUUUUUUACAUGGAAGAUACAUUGGAGAUAAUAUAAGGCAAGUAUUGGAAACAAUAUAACACUAUGGAAAAUAUGGGAAACCAGGCCUGCUAUUCAUAGCAGACUUCGAAAAGGCAUUUGAUCAAGUUCGACUGGGGUUUAUAUAUAAAUGCCUGGAGCAUUUCAAUUUUGGAGAAUCUCUUAUAAAAUGGGUCAACAUCAUGUAUAGUAACCCUAGGUGUAAAAUAGUAAAUAAUGGCUAUUUCUCAGAAAGUUUUAAACUGUCAAGAGGAGUGAAACAAGGUUGUCCACUAUCGGCAUAUCUAUUUAUUGUGGCCAUGGAGAUGUUAGCUAUUAAAAUCAGAUCCAAUAAUAAUAUCAGAGGAUUAGAAAUAUAGAGCUUAAAAACAAAGGUGUCAUUGUAUGCUGAUGAUUCAUGUUUUCUUUUAAAUCCACAACUAGAAUCCCUCCACAGCCUCAUAGAGGAUCUAGAUACAUUUUCUAACCUCUCUGGAUUACAACCAAAUUAUUAUUAUUAUUAAAUAUUAAAGCAUUAGACCUAUCACUAAAAGCUUCAGUCAUACAAACGUUAUACUUAAAUCCGAACUGGUUCUCAAGCAAAUUAGUAAGAUUGUCUCACCCAAUGUUCAAGAAAGGCCUUUUUCCCUUUAUUCAGAUUACAACCUCUCACUUUCAGUUAUUUGAAAAGGAAAUAAUCUCCCAAAUGUCACUAUUUCUAAAACAAGCCGUAGAAAGUUGGUUGCAAUUUCAAUUUAAUCCUCCAGAAACGACAGAACAAAUAAUGCAACAAAUAUUGUGGUUAAAUUCAAAUAUACUAAUUGACAAAAAAAACCUUUAUUUUUUGACAGAAUGUUUAAAAAAGGUAUAAUCUUCGUAAAUGAUAUCAUCGGUAGGACUGGUGGAGUUAUGUCGCACAUGCAGCUGACAAAAACAUAUGGAAAUGUCUGCUCUACCCAAAAUUACAACCAAAUAAUUGCAGCCUUACCGCAAAAGUGGAAGAGGAAAGUGGAAGGGGGAGAAAGUAAGGAACUUGUCUGUCGGCCUUGCAUUAAAGAACAUAAUUGGUUAAGGAAAACUGUGAUAAAUAAAAAAGUAUAUCAGUUUCACUUAAGGACCAAAGGAUUGACAGCCGUCCCAUUUAGAUUGUUUAUGAACUGACACGCAAAACGAUACCGGAUUCAAAAAUUAGAAUCUUUCAAUUUAAAUUAUUAUAUAAAAUUCUUGCUACCAAUAGAAUGUUAUUUAUAUGGGGGAUACAAUCUUCCCAGCUCUGCAGAUUUUGCUGUGAAGAGACAGAAUCAUUAGAUCAUUUGUUUUGGUUCUGUCCAUUUGUAGCUUGUUUUUGGACACAGGUCCAGGAAUGGCUAAAGGAUUGCAAUAUUUACCUGGAACUAACCUUGCAGAUAGCAUUACUGGGUGAUCUGAAAAGUCAUAGUCAAUCAAUCAAUAAUAUAAUAAUACUUUUAGCAAAAAUGUUUAUUUUAAUUCACAAUCUGUAGAAGCAAUGAGAAUAGAAAGGUUCAGAACUUUUGUAAAACAUCACAGUACGGUUGAAAUAUAUAUGGCAAAUAGAAAUCCUAUAUGGAUGGUGUUAAGAGAUGGAUGGGAGGUAUUGAAUAGAGUUGAAGGAUGGGACUAAUAACAAAUAACAACAAAUAAUAACAAAGAUAGCUAAUAAUGUAAGCAUACUGUGUCCAUAAUAAGUAUAUAGGUUGUAUGUUGGGAGCUUUUGGGAAAGAGCACAGUUAGAAAGAUAUGGCAUAUAGAAGCAAACCGGAUGGACAUCAUGAAAAUGAUCGGAGAGGUUGAGAGUAGAAGAAGUUCAGGAGCAAUAAAAAUAAAAAUAAAUAUAUAUAAUAGAAUUAUUGUAAAAUUAACUCUGUCCAUAAGGUGUAGAUAGUAAGUAUAGACCGGAAGUAGAGGCCUGGGCAUUGUUGUUCACUAAUUUACUCCAAGUAGGGAAAGGAUGGUGGGGUUGAAAAGUAAUAAAGGGGAGUAUAUAUAUAUAUAUAUAUAUAUAUAUAUAUAUAUAUAUAUAUAUAUAAAACAUGGGGGAUUGGAAGUGAUGCAGAUAAUUACAUUGAUAGAAGAUACAAUCUAUCUGCAAUAUUAAGCUGAUCCAUUCCCCCCAAAAAAGAUAAAAUAAAAAAUAAAUAAAAAUAACAUCAAAUCUUAUUAAAAUCUGUUCAUAUACAAGCCCAGGAAGAAUUACACUUUUUUAAACAUUUUCUGACAAGCGACCACUUAAAUAUGGUCACGUUUUCACAAAUUCUUAGAAUGUUUGGGAAUUUGUGAAUAUUCUAUAGCAAUAUAGAGUGGAAAGCUGACAUGCGUUUGGACAAUUAAUAUAGACACUGCAGGAAAUAAAAUGGAAUAAAAACAUCUGUCUUGUUCAACUGUAAGUCGCUCUGGAUAAGAGCUUCUGCUAAAUGACUAAAAUGUAAUGUAAAUGUCCAAGACCGGAGUCUACACAGACCGGUGCACUAUAGCCAAUCAGAGCUACAGUAGGCCUUUAUACAAACAAGCCAUUUGCCACAUGGGCCUGCCAUCAUUCACUUUGAAUCUUACUGUGUGUUUACAGGCAGUUGCAACAGUGCAACUUUAGAUCGUUAGAACGCAUUCGCCAAAAGCCACAAAAUACACCUGAAUGGAUUUCUGCAAAUAUGUAAACACCACUGGAGUCCUCUUACAUUUGGGAACUUUACAGUCCUAUUGAUCAAACAACCAUGAAAAGGUAGGCUCUCUCUCCCUCAAUUAUGCACAACAACAAUAUCAACAACUAAUACAAUAUCAACAACUAAUACUAGCCAGAGCAAGGUGAGCUAAAAUCUAAAGAAGGAACAUUAGAUAAACCCUCUCAAACUUUUCCAGCUAGUUGGCCGUCAAAAUUGCACUGAUAAAUGAUGUGGAAUUGUAGCCUCCUCAUCCAUCUGCAUGUCCCAACCAAGCACCCAAGCUAACUGGCUAAAGUUGGCUAGCUUGCUAGUUAGUUACUUCCAGACACAAAUGAGAGAACACCUCAUUCUGACCAUUUUACUCGCCGCAGCAGAGCUGGUUAGGCUGUUAACAUGUUAUCUAGAGCGUUCUUGAAUAACUAUUACUUUUUUUUGCCUGCGUUUACUGACACCAGUCAUAUUCAGCAGGUGUUGCGCAUUCGUGAUUUCAUCAGUUGUUCUGCGCUCUGGCACACUCAGACGAGCUUGCUCCGAAAUUGAAGUAGAUAGCCAGAGUGCAUUUGCGAACGCAAGAGAUAUGCUAACUGGAUAACAGUCGUUCAAGUUCAUGCUAGCUAACCAAAUGACACCUGCAUCUCUAGCUGUGUAUAGCCACCGAAAAACGAUAUGAGGGGAAAAAGUCAGACACUCACCCAUUCCUCCAAUGGCAUGACAUUACAUCCUCCUAGCACCUAGCUAGCUAGCUAGUGAUCUAGCUAACGUUAGGCUCCGUGUUUUUAGCUUGCUACAUAAAUGGAUAAGCUAGUCUAUUAGCCACGUUAUGAUUGACUUGUGAUCAUUGCCCUUGCAAGUUUGAUUGUAUUGACAUUCCCAGCGUUAGUUACAUUCGUCCGUUUUUGUCCAGAAUAUUGAGUCAUUAAAACUGAAAUGGAGCAUCCUGAAUGGAGGCAGCAAACAAUGUAACAGGCCAGCUGUGAUUUACAACCUGAUAGCAAUAUUUUUUGGACUACCAAAUGUAUUGGUGAAUUAUAUGAAUCAUGCAUUGAACUGCAUCCAUCUAUUCUGCCAACAAUACUUUAAUGUACCUCAUGGAACGUUGAGUCAAAUAGAGCCUAUUUUUAAAACCUCUAAAAGGUGGGUAUAGGUUUAUACCUGUGUAUACCAUCCACUAACGUUACACCACUGGCCCUUUGUGUUUUACAGAAAGUGCAUUCUCCUACAUGAGUGUGCUGAUACUACGGUUGCUUUCCUUUCAGAAUCAUGAACCUGUCACACACUGAAGGCCUAUAGGUUCGCCACUGCGCAAACGUCUAUAAUAGAUAUAAAGGCUGUUCAGAUAAUGCUUCAAGAAAGAAGCGGUUUUAUGCCUGACUAAAUGGAAGCAGAUAAUUAUGAGUUUUUUAGUCUGCUGGUCUCGGGAAGAAAUUACAAGUCCUCACUGUCCGAGACCGAGUCUUCUGUCACGUCUCACCCUGUCUUGUACACCGGGCCUGACAUAAAGGGACCUGGCACUCUACUGGCCCCUGUGCUUUUCACUGUUUGUCAGCCACAUCACAGUCACACCCUACAGCCCAACCGCCGGACAGCUGGACAGAUACACGCUGACAUAUUAGGGACAGGACAGAAGACUGUCUGUCUGUCAUCUGUCUGCCGGGCCCACUGUGUCCUGAGGUGGACCCUUCUCUCCCAGAAAAAACUAGGAUGAAGAACCUUCACUCCCUGUAGUUACGUAACAACUACAGACUUCAGCAAGUACAGUGCAGUACCCUACAUGUUGGUAUGAUGGAGGCAAGCUAGUAGCUUCUAGUCCAUCCUUUGCUGGCUGGCUACAAGUUCACAGUUAGGUUGCAAAGUUCCGGUAGCUUUCCAAAACUCCUGAUUCCAGGAAUAUACCAAACAGGGUUUCUGGACAACCAGGACAUUUUGGGAAAGUUACCAGAAUUUUACAACACGGGCCAAUUUUACAACACUAGUUAUCAAGACCAGACAUCUAUACCUAGGGCCCGUGAUCAGGAAAUACUCUGGGCCCUAUAUACGCUCUAAAAACAAAUGGUUCUAUAUAGUGCCAAAUAAGGGUUCUUUGGCUUGUAACCAUAGCGGAACCCUUUUUGGUGCUAUAUAAAACCCUUUUUUGAUGGUUCUAUGAAGAACCAUGCUCACACGGUUCUAAAUGGAACCUUUAUGAUGCUAUAAAGAACCCUUUCCUACAGUUAUAUAAAUAACUAUUUAAAAAAGGUUCUAUAUAGCACCAAAAAAGUUUCUGCUAUGGUUACAACCCUUUUUGGUGCUGUAUAGAACCCCUUUUAAUGGUUCUUUAUAGAACGUUUAUGGAGAAAAAACCUUUCUCCAUCUCAAAGGUUCUACAAAGAACCGUAUAUGAUCAACCAUACAGGUUUAUUUUGUCUGGUUAGCCAUAUUAUAUUGUUAAAAUUCCAUAGGUGUUAUUAUUGUGUUAAUUGACAAGUUGAAUCAGGUGUGCCAACCCUGGUACAGCUGGGGGUCCCUGAGGAGAGAAUUGAUAACCACUGAUUUACACAACAGUUCUCAAUUGACACUUUCACAAGACACUGUCACUGGCCAUAUCAUUUUUAACAUAUAAUAGUAUAACACAACAGAUUAGAUCAACUGGAAUGACACUGUCAUUCACCGUUGCACAAAAAGAGUUGUGAGUAAACCACGCCUGUAUUCAAAUGAGCCGCCACCCCUAUAUUUUAAUUAUCACUAAAAGAUGAAAGAACCCUUUUCUGAAGUGCAAACAACCACUGAAUGGCUCAAUGGUUCUUUGGGUCAAUAUGGUUCCACAAAGAACUCUUGAGGAACCCUCAUCUUUUAGUCUGUAUGGCACAAGACUGAAUCCCAGAUCAGACAGUUUGUGCCAAGAGGUCAAUCCCGCUGUCCAAAACAUACUUGUGGUCCUCUGUAGCUCAGCUGGUAGAGCACGGCGCUUGUAACGCCAAGGUAGUGGGUUCGAUCCCCGGGACCACCCGUACACAAAAAUGUAUGCACGCAUGACUGUAAGUCGCUUUGGAUAAAAGCGUCUGCUAAAUGGCAUAUUAUAAUUAUUAGUUUAUGGCCGGGCUCCAACAAGGGCUCCAAGCACCUAGACUUUUUACCUGAACACAUAAGACAGUAGACUCUUUACCGCAAGAUUAAACUGGAUUAGCAGCCUGAUUUGAUGUAGCUCAAAUAAUCCUAAUCUAAACCACUAACGAACUAAAGAAGCCACUUUUAAUGAGUCUACACCUGUCAGAUGUCACUGGAAAUCAAUGUAUCUCUGUGACCAUGGGAGGGAGACAGAGAUCUACUGCACUAUGGGUAAAUUGACAGUUUGUGUGUGUCUUCCAGGCGGGAGUUCAUAGAGUUGAUGAAUAAGUAUGGCUCCCACAGCAGUUUUAAAGGAAGCUCAGGGAGAGUCUCCCCUACACAGCUUUCUACAGGUGAGUUUCUUUACCUAGGACCUUUGUGUCCCAAAUGGCACCCAUUUGGGAAAAGGGCCCUGGUUAAAGGUAGUGGACUAUAUAGGGAAUAGGUGCCAUUUGGGACUCACCCACUGUACCUAGGACCGGGUUAUCCCCCCUUCCCCUCCUCAUCUCCACGUAACACUAUAGUCUAUUAACCAUCAUCUUCCUACUUUCGCACUCCUUCUAAUUCUCAUCCAUUUUCCCUUUCACAAUCCUUACUCUCAUCCAUAUUCACAAUUGUUUUCACCUUCUCCAGCUGAGUGCUAGCCCAGCUCCUCUCACAAUCCGCCUCCCUCUCCAAAUAUCCUUUCACCGACACUCAAAUCCAACAUGCUAUUAUUUAAAAUAAUAGAGCGCUGAAUCCUACCUUGAGAGAUGCAUGUGUAAUAGACUUGACAUCAAUGAGAACUUUGGGCAACAAUGUGGCUAACGUGUGUGUUGGUGUUUCUCUAUGCUAAUAGAAAGAGCUGUUUUUACACCUCACAAUGUGUGAUUCACACCUAACCCCUUUUCUCUCGGCUCUCUUCUCUUUCUGUCCCUGCCCUCUCUCUCUCUAUCGCUUUAUUUGCCCUCCCUCUCUCUCCCCCUCUCUCUCCUGCUCUCCCCCCCCCCCCCCCCCCCCCCCCCCUCUCACUCUCUGCCCUUUCUCUCUCUCUUCAGGAGGCAAGACAGACACGGCCUCCUCCUCUUCCUCCUCCAGAUCUACCAGUCCCACCACCCAGCUCCUCAGCCCUAAAGAGGGGGUCACAGGACCCCCUUACACCCCUGGACCCCUCUAUACCACUGGGCCCCCCUAUACGUCGAACCCUAACACAACCCCUACACAGCAUGUCUUCAACAAGUAAGUGUCAGUCAGAAAUAGAACCAGACAGUUGAAGGACCGGGGAUAUUGCACUUGUUGUCACUGUCUCGGGCGGCGCACAAUCGGCCCAGCGUCGUCCAGGGUAGGGGAGGGAAUGGCCGGCAGGGAUGUAGCUCAGUUGGUAGAGCAUGGCGUUUGAAAACGCCAGGGUUGUGGGUUCGAUUCCCACGGGGGGCCAGUAUGAAAAAUAUAAAAUAAUGUAUGCACUCACUAACUGUAAGUCACUCUGGAUAAGAGCGUCUGCUAAAUGACAAAAAUGUAAAUGUCUGUUUGUCCUCAUAAUUUAAAAUCCACACAUAAUGUUUUUCCCAAAGAACCAGAUGGAUAUAUGGCCAGGUUCUAUAUCCCUGAUGUCCUUGUGUCACCAAGACCACUUUGUGGAAAACAGUCAGAAAAAUAACUGGUAGACGGAUAGAUCGAAAGAUUGUAACAGUUUAUCCUUGAUAUCCUUUUGUAUAAGAUCUAGUUGUGUAACACAAAAAAAUAUAUUGAAUGUGUGUAUGAUGCUGAACAGUCCCGUUGCUCUCUGACAGAAGAGAAACCCCCACAUUUAUAGCGAGAGAGAUAGACAGAGACAAAUACAAAGGAAGAGAGGUUCGUUCAGGGACAGUCUGAAUGAAGCCUGUGUGUCUUUGUGUAUUUAUUGAAUCAUGCUCACAGUCGGUGUGCUAGUCUGAGAUAGUGUCCCUCAUCACUGCCCUCUCUCGCUUCUUCUUCCUCUCUCUGUGACUGUCCCUUUCUUUCUCUCUUUCCCUGCCCUAUUUUUAUACAUCUCUCUCUUUCCCUCUGUCUCCCUCUCUCCUCUUCUCUCCUUAGCGACAGCGUCAUUCAGUUGAUAUGCGUCUCAAAGGGAACAGGCCUGGGCCUCAUCAUCAAAGGCGGAGCUAACCGAGCCGAGGGACCAAUGGUGUUGAUUCAGGAAAUAGUACCUGGAGGAGACUGCCAGAGGGUGACUUGUCACUAUGUUUACCUUCUGAUAUAGGGGGAAUCAGGUGUUAUACAUGGGUUUUUACAGAGUGUUUUGUGGGAAGACAUAAUAAAGUGCGAGACAAUGUGAGACAGGAAACAUUUGUUAGUUAAUAAGCGCAAAAGAGGUGUUCAAAUAGACAUAUUUUAAAUAGGAAAGUGUUCAACUGACAAUAACCAUGUUUUUUAUAGUCAAACUAUAGGCUAAUGACCUAACAAUAUUAUCUAUCUGCAUUCCAGGACGGUAGACUACAGCCAGGAGACCAGCUGGUGUCGAUUAAUAAGGAGUCGUUAAUCGGAGUGACCUAUGAGGAGGCUAGAAGUAUCCUGACACGCACCAAACUCAGGUGGGGCGCACCUGUAUGACUUUACCUGAAUAUGUAUUGACAGGAUAAACCUCCUGAGGUCCACAUCAUCUUGUUUUCAAGGGGGUUCCUGUAUAAAGAUAGAGUAGAAGGAGAGUAAACACAUCCAUCUCUACUGUAGUAAUUGUGUGAACUGUAACCUAGGAUGCGUUCAUGGCACCAUAUUUUUUAAAAUAGUGCACUACUUUUGACUUGAUCCCUAUGGGCCCUGGUAAAAAAUAGUGCACUCUAUAGGGAACAGGGUGCCGUUUGGGAUGUAUCCCUAUUAACUACAUUAAAAGUAAUCCAAUCCAUUCUCCCUUCUCUGUCUGUCCUUCUCCAGACCAGACCCUACGGUGGAGAUAGCAUUUAUGAGACACAGGUCUUCCUCCAGCUCUGCUUCCUCCAGCAGUGGCCCCCAGAGCCCUAUCACCCCCCAGGGCCCAGCCAGCGGAGCCCCCGCAGUGCCCUCCACCAGGAGAGAGACCCUGGCCGUGUUGGGGGCCCUGCCUCCCCCUGCAUCACUGCUCCAGCACAGGAGAACCACACUCCCUGCAGCCCUCCCUGGGGCUCUCCUGGUGGUGCCCAAGAUCACCUCCACCCCCAACCCCGCCAGCGAGACCCUGCCUUCUGUCAACCUUAGCCAGGUUAGAGGCUGAGGCUCAAACACACGUUCAACUCACACACAUACCACUCAAGUCUUCUGUGAAUAUGGUUAUUCCUCCUAUAUGGUAUUAAUGGUUGGUGUGGUUGUGUCCUGCAGGUUCGAAUGAGGACAGAACAGACGUGUGUCUCCUCCCCCGCUCAGAGUCCCAGCACCACAGAUGCCAAGCCUGGUGAGAAACCUGUCUACUUCUCUAUCAAUUUCAAUUUAAGGUCUCUCUCUCUCUCUCUCUCUCUCCUCUUUAUCCUUCCCUCUCUCUCUCUCUCUCCUCUUUAUCCUUCCCUCUCUCUCUCUCUCUCCUCUUUAUCCUUCCCUCUCUCUCUCUCUCCUCUUUAUCCUUCCCUCUCUCUCUCUCUCUCCUCUUUAUCCUUCUCUCUCUCUCUCUCUCUCUCUCUCUCUCUCUCUCACCUUCACAGUUGCCUCUGGGCUAAUAUAACUAUUCGGACAUUUCUUAAAGCAGCCAGACCAGAAAGUGGUGUAGUGAGUUGUUGUUGAUGUACAUUUGGGAACAUGGUGUCCCAUGGCUUUAGGACAUGUCCCAGUCCCGCCCUCACGUACAGUACACCUUCACUUUGAAUUCAUCCCAAAUGGCACUCUAUUCCCUAUGUAGUGCACUACUUUUGACCAGGGCCCAUAUGGAUCUGGUUAAAAGUACUUUACUAUAUAGGGUGCCCUUUGGGACCACACCUCUAGGUAGGAACUAUACUUGGAAACAGGUGACAGCAGGUGGUAAAGAAGAGAUAAUAGUCAAAUGAGGGUGUGCCUUAGCCCUUAUCUCUCUCCAGAGGACAGAGCCAUGUCAUAAACUCAGUCAGUGAGUCAGGCAAACAACCAGCCCAAGUAAUGAUGUGACCUAUACUUGAAACCUACAUUUGAAACCAGUUCUAACAUGAUAUCUUGUCAAGCACACACGCGCACCUCGCUCCACGUGUGUCUCUGUGUAAUUUCAAGGGUUCUCAACUGUUCUGUGCUUUGGUGUGUAUCUGUUCUGUGUUAUUGUUCUAGGCAGUUUUAAGCUGCUCUGAGCUGGGUUGUACAGUUCUAAAGAAAUUUACUUUACUCUACAUUUACUCUCUACUCUGUUCUAUACCACUCUAAGCAGUUCAAAGUAAUUCUGUAAGGUUAUGUGGGGUACCAAAGUUCCCUCUGGUGAGAAAAUUAAGUAUAUUCUACUCUGCUCUAUACCGCCCUAUGUUGUUCUCUAUAGUAGGCCAUAUGAGCCCUGGUCAAAAGUAAUCAACUAUAUAGGGAAUAGGGAAACAUUUGGGAACCUGAGCUCAGAUGAAUAUAUCGGAGACUGUUGCGUUGGUACGAAGAAAAGAUACACAGCAAAUUCUCCAGUGUAAAAAAUAUUCAAUUUUACACUGAGUGUUAAUAUUUGAAUAAGGCUUUACACUUAGCAGUGUGUUAAUUUAACACUGUUCCGAUGCCUAUAUGGGUCCAAAGACUCAACACAUUCAGUGUUGAUUGAACUCUGAAUAAAAUGUGUUUGUUUUUUAACACUAUGGAGAUUUUGCCGUGUAGACUGGUAGAGAGGGACAGAUGUAGCGUGGUGUGGCGUGCAGCCGGGAAGGAGGAGAUAUAGGUAGGCAGGAGACGCUUAAUCUGAAGGUGUCAAAACAAGACCUGUCUAGUAGGUGGAAAAAUGCUAAUCUGGCCUUGGAUGUCUAGGGGACAUUUCAUCCCACGCUUGUAUCUGAAGGUGUCAAAAACAAGACAUCCUGUCUGCCUCCGUCUCAACAACACGCUGUCUUCUUCCAGAUGGAAUCCCUUCUCAGAAUAAUGUUAUUCGAGCGACUUUGGGAUGGUGAUGAGUGGUGUUGUCUGGAUGUUUUGUGUUGCUCAACAUGUUAAUGAUCAGUUGACACAGAGAUGUGAAUGAUUGGCACAUAGGCUUCCUUCAAGUGUUGCCCAGCAUGUUAAUGUUCAGUUGGUGCAGCAGUAUAAUCAGAUAUGACUCCUUUACAUUUUACCUCGACACGUUUACUGCAUUUGUCAACGUAACCUAAAACUGUUUUACCUAAAUUAACUACCUGCUUUACCUACACUAACUACAUGAACUACCUCGAUUCACCACUUCCAAACGUUCAAUUUGAUAUAAUAAUAACAACAUAUGCCAUUUUGCAGAUGCUUUUAUCCAAAGUGACUUACAUUCAUGCUUGCAUACAUUUUACUUUCAGGUGGUCCCGGGAAUCAAACCCAUUAUCCUGGCGUUGCAAACACCAUGCUAUACCAACAGAGCUAAAGAGGACUAUAUCUGUAUCUGUCUGUCAGAGGACUGUACAGAGGACUGCAUCUGUCUAUCAUCUUGCUAUGUCGUGAACUUGGUAGAUUUUUUAACAAAUACAAUUUUGGGGGUUGAAAAGCUGUGAAGCAGAGCCGUCCAUCACAACAGUAAUUUCCUCCCUCGUUCUUUCUGUCUUUUCUCUGUGCCUUCCUCUCUAAUUAUGCCUCGCUCCAGACUCUGUGAAGCUGUCUGUUUACCCCUGUAGCUCACCUGGGGUGCGUUCAGUUCGCUUAAAUGUUUGCUACAUUGCUGAGCGGUUUUUACUGAACUACGUAUUUUCCCAAAACUUUCUUGAACAGACUUUGAGAUACAUUUGCUCCUUUUGGUGGGUGUGCCGGGGUGUUGCUUGAAGGAAUGAGUGACGCAUUUAAAGGGCAGCUCUGCAUUUUGAACCCACAACCUAACCCCUCCCUGUUUUUCAACUGGUCAUUCAGUACAGCAUUUCCGUUCAGUUGAGCGUUCUAUUAUGCUUUUAUGUACUGAACGCAGACCUGUUUCUUUCUUUCUUUCUCUCCAUUUUAUAAGCUUUUCUAUUUCCACAUGUAAAUGCAAUAAACAUAAGUCACUUGUCAUAAACAUCAAAGAAGAGAAACAUUAACAUAGCCAGUCACUGAUCCACCUGUUUACCUGUGUCCCGCUACUCAGAAUCCUACCCUACCUGUCAGCCAAUCAGCAGCCAGCACACACCACACAGGAAGUGCUCCCUCAGCUCCAUCUGUCGCCUCAAACUGGAGAGGCUGGAGCAGGUCAGUGUGUGCGUGGAUGUGGAAGUGUGUGUAUUUAUUAGCGUGUAUUGGUGUACUGUACAGUCAGGUCCAUAAUGAUUGGCACCCUUGAUAAAGAGCAAAAUAUACUGUAUAAAAUAAAUAAAACAAAUACUGAGCUAUACUGUAUGCAGAAAAUAAAUAAUGAUUUUAUACUAAUACAAUUGCUCAGAGAAAGAGCUUUUGUUUAACAAGUAAUAACUGUAUGACUCACAGGAGGCUGGUGGCACCUUAAUUGGGGAGGAUGGGCUUGUGGUAAUGGCUGGAGUGGAAUAAGUGUAAUGGUAUCAAACACAUGGUUUCUAUGUGUUUGAUGCCAUUCCAUUUGCUCCGUUCCAUCCAUUAUUAUGAGCCGUCCUCCCCUCAGCAGCCUCCACUGGUAUGACUGUAUGUGCCUGUACCUGAGGAUUUGUGAGUGUGCGUUGGAAUGUUUGGAAUUGUCUUGGUGUGUCUGUAGAUGUGUGUGUACAGUAUGGAUGUGGUUUGACACUAGGGUCAUUGCAGUGUAAUGAUUGUGUUGACUUUGACCCCUCCCUGCAGAGACACUGCUCAAUAAGCUUUUACUGCUGCUGGGAUGUCAUUUGCUCUGGCCUAAUCACACUGAUGCCUACACUCUUAUUAAAAAAGGUGCUAUCUAGAACCUCAAAGGAUUCUUUGGCUGUGCCCAUAGAAGACCACUUUGAAGAACCCUUUUUGGUUCCAGGUAAAACCCUUUUGGCUUCCAUGUAAAACCCUUUCCACAGAGGGUUCUACAUGGAACCCAAAAGGGUUCUACUUGGAACCCUUUUUUCUAAGAGUGUACAGUCAAGCCAGUGUGUGUGUGUGUGUGCGUGCGCAUGUUGUCCAAGCUGCUCCAAUCCCUCUCCCACAACAUCAUGGCAAAAUCGAUAGGCAGUAUUCGCAUCCAGCAUGCUCAGUCACGCUAGGUGUGUGUGUGUUUACUACUCUGUGUGUGUAUAAAUGUGUGAGGGUAGGGUGUGUGUCUUUGAUACGGUGUGUGCAAGCUCUGUGUGUGUGUUGGCAGGCUCUGGAUGCAUUGGGACUGAAUCCUACAGAGGCACAGAGACAGACGUUGAGGGCCAGACUACGAACAGACCCUGCUGGGACAGUGGCCUAUGCAGGUAAGACUACACUUCACCAUAACCUUACCUGGCCAUAG